CGCACUGUAUGGUACUAAAAAACGAUGAUUUUUCAUAACCGCGUAUACCGAAAAAACGUCAAACUAAAUCGCAUUAAAUUUACAAUAAGUGUUGUUUAUUGCGUGAUAUAGAUAUAUCUCAUAGAUCGUGUUCAUUUAUACAUCUUUUGCGAAAAGAAUCAACAAGUAAAUAUGCGUGGAUAAUGUGGCAUGUGUUGUAAAAUAUUGUGGUUAUAAUUCGAAAAACAAAUGGCUAGCACUUUAGAUGCAGUUGAUUGGGAAGAUUUAAGAAAGCAGGCUAGACACUUGGAAAAUGAAAUUGAUGCAAAACUUGUAGCAUUUAGCAAGUUAGGCGUAAAUACACAUUCUAAAAAUGUUACACCAGAUGAAGUUCCACUUUUAGAUGAAGAACAUGUGUUUGAGAAUAUGGCCUUGGAAAUAGAAACAUUAUUAUCUAAAUUAUUUAAUGUUAAUGAGAAAAUGAGUGAAUUGCAACCAAAUGGAGCAGCUAUGUUACAUACUAUGCAACGUCAUAAAGAAAUAUUAAAAGAUUAUAAACUAGAAUUUAAUAAAAUUAGGAAUAAUUUUGCUAUAAGAAAGGAUCGUGAAGAUCUCUUGGGUAAUGUGCGCAAGGAAAUUGACAAUUAUAAAACCACAAGUGGAUUAAACCGUAGAGAAAUGUAUUUGAAAGAAAAUCAACAUAUUCAUAACUCUGAUCGUUUAAUCAAUGAUCAAAUAAGUAUAGCAAUGGAAACGCGAGAACAUUUAAUUACUCAAAGACAAGCUUUCAAACGUAUACAAACUAGAUUUAAUGACAUUUCUAAUCGAUUCCCAGCAGUGAGUAGUCUAUUACAAAGAAUAAAUUUAAGGAAGAGACGAGAUUCUUUAAUUCUUGGAGUUAUCAUAGGAUUCUGCACGUUCCUUAUGCUCUUGUAUGCAUUUCAUUGAAUUAUAAAUGCAUAAAAAAAUACUUCCACAUUUAUUAGAAGUUGGAAAAACAUAUGUAAACAGAUGACAGAAAUAGCAAUAUAAUAGCUACUAAAAUGCAGAAGUUACAUAAGAAUAGUAAGUAUGCUCCUAUGAAUGAAAGUCAGUAUGAAUGGAUUUAUAAUCAAGAAUUACAUUGGCAAAAUUAUUGCAUUGUACAGUUUUUUUUUAUACCAAAUGUACUAAACGUGUAUUGUCACACAAACGUUGCGAUUCACUUUCAAUGACUAGUAUAUGAAUUUAAUAAAUGUUAAAAAUAAAUAUUAUGGGUUCUAGCAUGGUUA